UCCGCCCGGGGCGGCCGGCGAGAGCGCGCGUGUGAUGCGCUGCCGCUGACAUGGCCGGCGCUCGGGCGCUCGUGGCCGCCUGCUGCUGCUGGUGGUGGCUGACGAACGCAGCCGCCACCGAGCUAGACCUGCUGGCCGCGCUGUCGCUGCACAACACGUCGCGCGCCGGCGUCAGCGUCGCUCCCGGCAUGCAGCCGCAGCGAACCGCCUACUCUCUGCAAGGGGAAACGCGGUCGCUGCAAGUGGAGGGCGCGGCGUUCGAGCGCGCCGCCGAGCUGCUGCGGCGCUCGCCCGAGUUCACGCUGCUGGCGGCGCUGCGCCAGGAGCCCGCCAACUCGGGCACCGUGCUGUCCUUCUCGCACGGCUACAACAGGUACCUGGAGCUGCAGUCGAGCGGGCGGCGCGACGAGGUGCGCCUGCACUACGUGGCGGCGGGCGGCGCGGCGGCGCGCGUCGAGACCUUCCCCUUCCGGCUGGCGGACGGCGCGUGGCACCGCGUGGCGCUGGCCGUGUCGGGCGCGCAGGCCACGCUGUACGUGGACUGCCACCCGCUGUACCGCCGCCUCGUGCCGCCGCCCGACCGCAACUUCAGCCAGCCGCAGCUCGCGCUGUGGGUCGGACAGAGGAAUAGCAAACAUUCCCUAUUUAAAGGAACUCUGCAAGAGGUGAAGCUAGUGAGUGGGCCCCACGGCUAUCUGGUGCAGUGCCCGGGGCUGGACUCCGAGUGCCCCACGUGCGGGCAGUUCGCGCUGCUGCAGGCCACCGUGCAGGAGCUCACGUCGCACAUCCAUGACCUUUCACUGAAGUUGGUGGGCACAGAGGCGCGGCUGGCGCGGCUGGAGCAGUGCGACUGCCAGAAGUCGUGCUACUCCAACGGCACCGUGCACGCUGACGGCGCCUCGUGGCAGAAAGACUGUAAUCGCUGCUCAUGCGUGCAUGGUGAAAUAACUUGCAGGCCAGUUGAGUGUGAUAGAGCAGAGUGUAAAAACCCAGUAUUGCAUCCAGGAGAAUGCUGCCCCACUUGUCUUAGGCAAUGUCUACUAAGAGGAACGUUAUACGAGCAUGGAGAAAGGUUCGCGCCGAAGGAGUGCGCCGAGUGCGUCUGCCAUGACGGCAACAUGCAGUGCACCCGCGUCGACCCCGACACCGCCUGCCCGCCACUGCCCUGUGACCAGCCAGACCAGUUCACCGUGCCUGGGGAAUGCUGCAAGUUUUGUCCCGGGGUCGACUACUGCAGCAUGGGACAUUCAUGUGACGAGAAUGCGACGUGUAUGAAUCUCAAUACAAAGUACACUUGUAAGUGCAACCAAGGAUUUCAAGGAGAUGGAAUUACGUGUGAAGAUGUAGAUGAAUGCCAAGCAGCGGGAGGUUUAUACGGGCACCAUUGCCACUCUAACACGCGGUGUGUGAACGUAGUGGGAAGUUACGUGUGCCAGUGUCUGCCAGGCUACACGAGAAGAGACAAGUUUAAUUGCGUUGAGGUUGACGAGUGCGCUAGCGCGGUGCAUGGUUGCCACACGCACGCGCAGUGCAGCAACACGCCCGGCUCCUACUCGUGCCGCUGCCGGGACGGGUACUCCGGCGACGGGUACACUUGCACACCAAUCUGUACAGGCGGUUGUUUGAACGGAGGCGUGUGCGCGAGUCCGGAGCGAUGCGCGUGCGCGCGCGGCUUCGGCGGCGCACGCUGCGAGCGAGACGUGGACGAGUGCGACGCGCUGGCGCACCCCGCCGCGCGUGCGCCGUGCGUGCCGCGCGCGCUGUGCGUCAACACGCCCGGCUCAUACUACUGUGUGUGCCGCGACGGGUACCGACGCGACCCGCACAGAGACCAUUGCGAAGAUGUAGACGAAUGCACAGAAGGCUUCCACACGUGUCAUCCAAGUGCUCGCUGCAUCAACGUAGAUGGCGGUUUUAGAUGUCAAUGUGAUACACCUUCCUGCGAACUCAGUUGUUCGUGGCAAGGACAGAUCCUGUCGGACGGCGAGCGGUGGAUGGAGUCAGGCGGUUGCCGCGCAUGCUCCUGCAACGCCGGCGUCGCGUCCUGCGUGCGAGCGCUGUGCGCCUGUGAUAGGGACAAUACCUCGCUCACCUUGUCGAGCACAGAGUCGUCGCUGACGCUGGCGCCGGCGCCGUGCUGUCCGCACUGCGAGGCGCGCUUCCACUGCCGCCACCAGGAGAUGCACCACGUCACCUUCCGCAGCGGCGAGCGCUGGCUCUACCAGUGCCAGAUCUGCGAGUGUCUAGUACGUUGCACUUCAUAUACAAUCUGUCCGCACUGCGAGGCGCGCUUCCACUGCCGCCACCAGGAGAUGCACCACGUCACCUUCCGCAGCGGCGAGCGCUGGCUCUACCAGUGCCAGAUCUGCGAGUGUCUACUGGGAGAAGUAGACUGUUGGGAGCCCGAAUGUGAGGAGGGCACGGCCUGCUGCACGGCGCCGGCGGGCGCGGGAGCGGGAGCGGGCGCAGGCGCGGGGGCGGGCGUGGAGGGCGAGUGGCGCGCGCCGCACCGCCUCGAGCUGGCGGGCUGCGCGCCCCCGCACUGCCCCACCUGCCAAGGCGGGCAGUGUGCUACUUUGGUGAGCAAUCUCGCGUGUUGUGUGCAUCGAGCGCGGCGCGACGUGGCGGCGGCGCUGGCGCUGGCGGCGCUGUGGCUGGGCCGCGCGCCGCUCCCGCACCGCAAGCACCGCGGCGCGCGGCGCUAGAGCCGCCCUGAGCGACGCACGCACACCCUAUUUAUUCUAGAUAGACCUAAUGUUAACCAAUUGACGCGGGCGCGCCCCGCUCCCGGCCUUAACUGAGCGAGCGGCGCGCCCGCGCCCCGGGGCUCGCGCCGCUCCGUCGCGCCGGACGUUUAUCCUCGUUAUAGCAAUAUUCUAGUUAUCGUAUAGGUAGUAGCGCGACGCCUCUAGCCCGGGCGGCGAGCGGCGGGCGCCCCGGCCUCGGCGCGCGCGCGGGCGGCGGCGACUGGCGCGUCGCUCCCACCGCAUCUGUAAUCUUUCAAUUCUAAAUUAUCGAGUACGAUCGCUUAUAACUAUUAUCUUAGACUUGUACUAUGUAGCUCCUGCUGCGCGCGAGUCGGGGCGCGACGGCGGGCGCGCGGGCGGCGGCGGGUCGCGCGAGGCCCGGCGCGGGUCGCCCGGGGCCCGGCGCGCCGACCGCCACGAGUCCCGAGCCCCGCGCCGGGCGGGCCCGAGGCCGCCCGCGCGUCCGCACCCUGUUGUACGAAUUUUUUCAUAAUAUAUUAUAGUUUUUUGUUUGACUUUAUAUAGAGAUCGUUUUCAUGAAUAUUUUCAAGAUAACCAAAAAUAGGUACCAAAUAUAGAGAUGAUAUGAUUGUUUCAUGAUUUCGUAAAGCAUUUUAAUGCUUGCAUGUUGUAUUGUGUUCAAAAAAUUACAAUUAAAAAGAUAUCCUAAUUAUUUCGUUUUAAUAAAUUGUACCCAUCCUGUAAGUAAGUUAGAGAAAUAUUGUUACGAUAUCAAUUAUCUGGUCAAUAAAAAUAAAAUGUAUGACAAUAAAUACUUAUUUAUUUCCGA